GGCCCCGCCCCGCUCCCAACAUCCCCUGCGGCGCUGCCCGCCAUGAGGGCGCGGAGCGGCUCGCGCCCGGGCGCCUGAGGGGCGGGUGCGGCCGGGUAUGCGGCGGUUGCAGCGGCAGCAGCCGUUGCAGCGGCAGCAGCGGGCCGGGAGGAGGGGGGGAUGCUGUCGCGGAAGAAGACGCGGACCGAGCUGUCGAAGCCCGGCGAGGUGCAGGGCAAGUACGUGAAGAAGGAGACGAGCCCCCUGCUGCGCAAUCUGAUGCCUUCAUUUAUCCGUCACGGUCCAACCAUUCCAAGACGAACUGAUAUCUGCCCUCCUGACUCGACUUCUUCUGUAUACACUUCUGGCGCAGAUGGAAUUGUUUCCAGAAACCAGAGUUUCCUUCGAACUCCUGUGCAGAGGCCACCUCAUGAAAUCAUGAGACGGGAAAGCAACAGACUGUCUGCACCUUCCUACCUUGUGAGGAAUUUAGCAGAUGUCCCUAGAGAAUAUGGCUCUUCCUCCCAGUCCUUUUUAACAGAAGCCAAUCCAGUGUUAGAAAACGGAGGUGCUGGUGCCCGUUGUUAUUAUUACGACCAUUUUUAUGAUGCCCAGAGGAGACGUCAGUUAAAUGAUCGUGUACAUGAGGACUACCGCUAUUAUGAACACAACAGCGACCUUUUCCAGCGGCUGUCCCAGAAUCCCGGCAGGCACACGUCAGGCAUUGGCAGAGUUGCUGCUACAUCUCUAGGAAACUUAACAAAUCAUAGUUCCGAAGAUUUACCUCUUCCUCCUGGCUGGUCGGUGGACUGGACUAUUAGAGGAAGGAAGUACUAUAUAGACCAUAACACUAACACCACUCACUGGAGCCAUCCGCUGGAACGAGAGGGGCUGCCUCCGGGCUGGGAGAGAGUGGAGUCCGCGGAAUUUGGAGUGUACUAUGUGGAUCAUGUCAAUAAAAGAGCUCAAUACAAACAUCCUUGUGCUCCUAGCGUUCCCCGUUACGAUCAGCCUCCCCCGGUGACUUACCAGCCCCAGCCAGCCGAGAGAAGCCAACCGCUCCUCGUCCCCGCCAACCCCUACCACACUGCAGAGAUUCCCGACUGGCUCCAGGUCUACGCCAGGGCUCCCGUCAAAUACGACCACAUCCUGAAGUGGGAGCUUUUCCAGCUGGCGGACCUGGACACCUACCAGGGGAUGCUGAAGCUGCUCUUUAUGAAGGAACUGGAACGGAUCGUGAAGCUGUAUGAAGCGUACCGGCAGGCCCUCCUCACCGAGCUGGAGCACCGCAAACAGCGGCAGCAGUGGUACGCUCAGCAGCACGGCAAGAAUUUCUAAGCUAACAACUCUUUUCUUACCAGACUUUGAGGACACCGAGAGCUUUAAAAGGUUUUCACACUUCAAACUCUGAAAAAGAAAAAAAAAGUGCUUUUGUUGAAAAGGCAGCUUAUUUUUGUUGAUGUUGCACCUUUUGUUAUUAUCCUCUUUAAUAUUUUUCUACUUGUGUUAUGUGUUGUUUAUAAAGACGGAAAACAUUUGUUAAUCUUUUUUCCAUAUGAGAACUGGUUUAUUAUUCCGAACACCAGCGCGGGGUUGGGUCAGAGACUGGUUCUGGUCUCUUUUUCUCGCCGUCGGCUGCAUUACUACGAAGCUGACCGUGUAUUUUUUUAAAAGGGCAGUCGCUGCAACUGUAUGAAACAUCCUGGGUUCAAAACUACAUUUAAAAUCCGAAUAAAGAUUUCCGUGUGUUUCCCUCGGGAUGUCGUAUCCCUCUCUUGAGAGGGGCCUGCUGGUUCUUCACAGCUUUAAUGUACAGAGCACCGAUGCUGUUCCUUUUCGGUAACACCAGGACUGCCGCAUGCCCUUUCGGAAGCAGAUUUCUGUGGUCCGAACCAAGCGCUUCAGGAAAGCGAAGUCUGAAUUGCCUUAUUUUUUUCCCUUUAAUGCAUUACUACUUUAGAUUUCCUGUAGAUUCACUAGUUUUCACAGAAGUUAAGGGAGGGACACAGAGACACACACACACACACACUUGUACCUUCGUAAAGACCAAGAUCUCUAAGGAAAUGGGUCACAGCGUUUUCAAUCCGAGGUAAAACUGCAUUUCGUAAACUGUGACCUGGUCGCACGGGCAGGUAAGAGCAUUCUCUGAGCUGCUUACCAACCAGCUGUGAAAAAAAUCAGGGACGCAACAACAAUUACUGCUUUUUUUUUUAAACAAGCUUUUGUCUUGUAUUAAAGCUUCCUGACUUUUUACUUGUACAGUUACCCUCUCCAAUAUUCUCAUUGAUUGUCCCGAAUUGUUAUUUAUGGAUUCUUUUUAGUGCAAUAAACACUGUUGCAGACAAAAAAAAACCACCCAACAUUUCUUGUAAAUCUUCUGAAUUCAAUAAAAAUUGUUUUGUUUAA